UCAGCACCAAUCAGCCACACACAGCGACAGGAGACACGGACCGAGCAAACACUAGGCAGCCACACAAUACACCCCGGACCAAGAGGAAACACCUAACCCUUCGAUAUUUUUCCCCACGGCGCUGUGGCGCUCAAGAAAGCUGUUUUUAAACUACCGCUGUUUUUUGUACUUUUGUUUUCCGACACAGAAGUCGUUAAAAUGGUUCUUUUGUUUUGAGCAUUGUGUAUGUGUGUGUGUGUGAGACAGAGUGCUCCUAUAUCUUGUAUCUUAUUUUUCUUCAUUACGCUAAGCAGUAAUGUGCUGCUUUAUAUCGGCAGACUGCUAGCGUCUGGAAUCUGUUCUCACCAGGAAUCUGUACCGGAGAGGAUAAACCAGGAUGGUAACGUAUUGUUCAUAACCAGCUUCAGCUAGACGAAGGCCAACUCAACCUUAGACUUUACUUCCAAGCCGCUUGAAAACUACCAUCAGCCAUGUCAAAUAUAAACAAUCCACUUUGCAUUGAGAAUGGACAGAAUGCUGACGUGUCUCUCUUGCAAAAGGAUAAUCUUCAGGAUGGUGGAUUAAGCCAGCUGUUGGAUUACAAUGCAGAAAUGGAAAGGUACAGGUCUUUUGCAAACUUUUAUAAAAACAAUGGGGCAUUUCCACAGACUGCAAAAAUCGCCCGCAUCACAACGCCAAUUUUUCCCAGUGCCAGAAUCGGCGUGUCCCCUUGGAACUGUGAUAACGCCAUGCUCUGGGGAAGGAAAUCAGCGGCAAUAAACCCUAAUAGGACCAGCAUGCACAGAAAUGACUCCCAGAGGCCGGGGAAGCCUGGCGUGUCGCCAGAGACGCUGCAAAUGGCAAAUAAUAAUUUCCUCUCUACCUUAUCCCCCGAACACUGCAGACCUUUAGCAGGAGAAUGCAUGAACAAGCUGAAAUGCGGCGCUGCUGAAGCAGAGAUAAUGAAUCUCCCGGAACGCGUUGGAACUUUUUCCGCUAUUCCGGCUUUAGGGGGCAUCUCAUUACCUCCCGGGGUCAUCGUCAUGACAGCCCUUCACUCCCCCGCAGCCUCAGCAGCCGUUACAGACAGUGCGUUUCAAAUUGCCAAUCUGGCAGACUGCCCACAGAAUAAUUCCUCGGCAUCCAGUGGAAACCCAGCCAAGAAGAAAAGGAAAAGGUGUGGGGUCUGCGCGCCCUGCAGGAGGCUAAUCAACUGCGGGGUGUGCAGCAGUUGUCGGAACCGCAAAACGGGCCACCAGAUCUGCAAAUUUAGGAAAUGUGAGGAGCUGAAGAAGAAGCCGGGCUCGUCGCUGGAGUUUCAGUUUCCAGUUUCUCCCCCAAGACCCUUAAUAAUGAGGACACCGGUCAAUAAUGGCGAAGCGUUCCGAUGGUUCUUUUAAGGCCCUACCCUGGUGACAUCACUCUGACACACGUCAGGCUCUGACUCACUGCAAGAAGCACUUGUGGGCUCCUGAAAUGGAACACUUCGACUGGAGGAGAAAAGGAAGACAUAAACAGAAAAAAAAGAUAAAAAGAAAACAUUAUGGUGUUGGUUUAACUCUGUAAUUUUCUUUCCUGUGUAAUUAUUGUACCUUUUGACAGUAUCAUAAUGUAUAUUUUGGGUGUCUAUGAAUGUGUUUCAGUGUUGUGGCUGUGCAAGUUGCAGCCAUUCUUAUAUAAAGGAAUCAAUAGACAAUCAUAACAAAUGAAAUAAGGAUAACAUGAGGCCACCUGGAUUAAUUAUCAACACACUCUGUAGAUCUGGAGCAAUAAUCUUUAAGGUGAUUAUUCCUCGCCAUCACAUUCAGGUUUGCUUUUUAAUCACAUUAAAUGAUACCUCUUUUUCGGCCUGGUCGGCCCACCUCAAGGAUGUGUGCCACCAUCUACCGCAGAGCCUCAGAACCCUCUCAUGAAAAUGUUGUUUCUUAAUUGAUUGGACAUGAGAAGACAGCAGUGGCAGGCUAGUUGUUUUUUACUCUUUCUUUUCAUUUUAGUUGUGUUUGCUGUGUGCAGCAUGUGACAGAACAGGGCACAUUGUCUUGUUGACAGGUUGCACUUUUGUUGUGUAAACUAAAAUGAUCCCAUGUUAGAGCACAAGAAAGCUUUUGGUUGGACUAGUAACUUGGAACGAUGGUGUUAUGAGCUUUUUGUAAUAGCUGCUUGACCUUUUUGAAAAUUUUCUUUUUUUGUUUCUUUGCAAUUCAAAUGGUUGAAAGUAAGCUGUCUAAAAGGUAGUUAGAAGUACCAGUAAAGGAAUUCUAGUUAACAUUUAAAAUCUAAAUUUCCAGCAUUCUCUAAAAGUGCAUCAAAGCUAUGGGUUGAUUAUCCUGCAAAAUUGGAGUGUGCAUAUGUUUCCACCACAAUUCUGUACCUGAUCUGCUAUAGUCUGUUGAACUGAAGCAAAGUUACACAUUCCAAACUAAAUUAUUCAAUAAGUUACUCAUCGUCUUAAUCCCUAUUGUUGCAUGUGUAAAUGUGUUUUGGUUUUAAAAAUUACAAAGAAUUUGUAAAUUGUUGUUGUGAUGCUUUUAUGUGUUAAAAUAAUAA